AUGUGGGUCAGCCCCGAAGAGGUGUUACUGGCGGGCGCCCUGUGGAUCACGGAGAGAGCCAACCCGUACUUCAUCCUGCAGAAGCGCAAGGGCCACGGGGAUGGCGGCGGCGGGCUGGCUGGCUUACUGGUUGGAACCCUGGACGUGGUGCUGGACUCGAACGCACGCAUGGCCCCGUACCGGAUCCUCUACCAGACCCCAGACUCUUUGGGCUACUGGCUCAUCGCCCACGGAACAUCCCGGAAAGAAAUUACAGAGCACUGGGAGUGGCUGGAACACAACCUGCUGCAGACUCUCUCCAUUUUUGAGAACGAGAACGACAUUACCACGUUUGUCAAAGGAAAAGUCCAGGGCAUCAUCGCAGAGUACAACAAGAACCAUGAGGUGAAGGAGGACGACGACACGGAUAAGUUCAAAGACGCCAGCGCUCGGUUCCGGAAGCUGUUCGGAAUGCCUGAGGAGGAGAAGCUGGUCAACUACUACUCCUGCAGCUACUGGAAGGGCAAGGUCCCACGGCAGGGCUGGCUCUACCUCAGCAUCAACCACCUCUGCUUCUACUCCUACCUGCUCGGCAAAGAAGCCAUACUGGUGGUGCGGUGGGCGGACAUCACGCAGCUGGAGAAGAGUGCCACGCUCCUGCUCCCUGAUGUGAUCAAAGUGAGCACACGCUGCAGCGAGCUCCUCUUCUCUGUCUUUCUCAACAUCAACGAGACCUUCAAACUGGCCGAGCAGCUGGCCAACAUCGCCAUGAGGCAACUGCUGGACAACCAAGGCUUUGAGGAGGACCGGUCCCUGCCCAAACUCAAGAAGAAGUCUCCCAAGAAAGUGUCAGCGCUCAAGAGGGACCUGGAUGCCAGAGCCAAGAGUGAGCGCUACCGGGCCCUGUUCCGUCUCCCCAAAGACGAGAAGCUGGACGGGCACACGGACUGCACCUUGUGGACCCCCUUCAACAAGAUGCACAUCCUGGGACAGAUGUUUGUCUCCACUAACUAUAUCUGCUUCAUGAGCAAAGAGGAGAGCUUCUGCAGCCUCAUCAUCCCACUGAGAGAAGUGACUAUUGUGGAGAAGGCCGACAGCUCCAACGUCCUGCCCAGGCCUCUCUCCAUCAGCACCAAGAACCGCAUGACCUUUCUCUUCGCCAAUCUGAAGGACCGAGACUUCCUGGUGCAGAGAAUCUCCGACUUCCUGCAGCAGACCACAUCCAAGAUCUACCUGGAGAAAGAGCUGAGCAGCAGCCUCAACAGCUCCGACGAUGAGGUGUUCUCCCACAGCUCCAACCUCUCCAGCAGCCCUCAGACCAGCCUGGGCUCCGACAGCGAAAGGACCUUCAACCUCAACCAUAGUGUCCCCACAGCCACACAGGCCCUCAUGACCAUGUACCGCCGUCGCUCCCCUGAGGACUUCAACCCCAAACUGGCCAAGGAGUUCUUGAAGGAGCAGUCCUGGAAGAACCACUUCACAGAGUUUGGUCAGGGAGUGUGUAUGUACCGCACAGAGAAGACCAAAGAGCUGGUGCUGCAGGGGAUCCCCGAGGACAUGAGGGGCGACCUGUGGCUGCUGUUCUCUGGCGCUAUCAACGAGAUGGCCACUCACCCUGGGUACUAUGAAGACCUGGUGGAGAGGUCCAUGGGGAAGUACAACCUGGCCACCGAGGAGAUCGAGAGGGACCUGCACCGCUCUCUGCCGGAGCACCCCGCCUUCCAGAACGAGAUGGGGAUCGCUGCCCUGCGCCGGGUGCUCACCGCGUACGCCUUCAGGAAUCCCAACAUUGGAUACUGCCAGGCUAUGAACAUUGUGACGUCUGUGUUGCUGCUCUAUGCCAAAGAGGAGGAGGCCUUUUGGUUGCUGGUGGCGCUGUGUGAGAGGAUGCUGCCGGACUAUUACAACACCAGAGUAGUAGGGGCACUAGUCGACCAGGGCGUGUUCGAGGAGUUGGCCCGGGAGUAUGUUCCGCAGCUGUACGACUGCAUGCAGGACUUGGGUGUGAUCUCCACCAUCUCCCUGUCCUGGUUCCUCACACUCUUCCUUUCCGUAAUGCCCUUUGAGAGCGCGGUGGUGGUGGUAGACUGCUUCUUCUACGAUGGCAUCAAAGUCAUCUUUCAGCUGGCUCUGUCCGUGCUCCAUGCAAACAUCGACCAACUGCUGGACUGUAAGGAUGACGGCGAGGCCAUGACGGUGCUGGGCAGAUACUUGGACAGUGUGACCAACAAGGACAGCACUCUUCCUCCCAUCCCUCACCUCCACUCACUCCUGACUGACAACGGAGAUCCACAUCCUGAGACGGACAUUUUCAAACUUGUGCGCAGCUCCUAUGAGAAGUUUGGUUCGAUCCGCGCUGACGUCAUUGAGCAGAUGCGUUUCAAGCAGAGACUGAGGGUGAUCCAGACUAUUGAAGACACCACCAAACGCAAUGUGGUCCGGACUGUUGUAACAGAGACCGCCUUUAGCAUCGACGAACUGGAGGAACUCUAUGUACUUUUCAAGUCGGAGCACCUGACCAGCUGUUACUGGGGGGGCAGCACCAACCCCACAGAGCGCCACGACCCCAGCCUGCCCUACCUGGAGCAGUACCGCAUCGACAUGGAGCAGUUCAAGGGCCUCUUCAGCCUGCUUUUCCCCUGGGCCAACGGGCCGCACUCUGACCCCCUGGCUGUGCGCUUCUUCCGCCUGCUGGACCACAACGGAGACGGCCUCAUAAACUUCAGGGAGUUCAUCACAGGACUUGGUGUGCUGUGUCACGGGGAUCUCACUGAGAAGCUAAAACUGCUCUACAAGCUGCACGUCUUACCAGACGUACCAAACGAACAUGACGAGCCAGACUCCGCCUUUGAAGCCACGCAGUACUUUUUUGAAGACAUCACUCCAGAAAUGUCUAUGAGCCAUGAUUCGCGAUGCAGAAGUGAGAAUGACGAUGGCUUUGUCAGAGUCACGUUUAAGAAUGAGAAAGUAAAAAAGCUGAACCCUCCAGACUACCACCACUACCUUAAACUUUGGAACCAGGAGUCUCGAUGCAAAACGGAAAACCUAAAAGAUUUCCCAAAGCUAAAUCAGAGCCAGUUCAUCGAGCUUUGCAAGACUCUGUACAGCAUGUUCAGCGAGGAUGUGGCCGAGCAGGAGCUGUACCACGCCACCGCCACGGUCACCAGUCUACUGCUGGUGUUGGGCGAAGUGGGAAAACCCUUCUCCUCCUCCGCUGAGAGAAAAGACAGCAAAGCGGAAACAAGUGUGACGCAGAAAUCCACCACCGGGGGCGCCGAGACCAAGCCGUGCGACGAGGAGAAAGCCGAAGACACGGUCGAACUGCCCCCAAUGCAAGACAUCAAACUGGAAGACUCCUCACCCAAAGGUUCUUCCUCCGCUAUGCUGAUUUCCGACGAUGAGGCCAAAGAUGACACGUCUAUGUCGUCCUACUCCGUCCUCAGCACCGGGUCGCACGACUUGGACGACAAGCUGCAGUGCGAGGACAUAGCCGACGACACAGUGUUGGUGAGGAGCGACAGCUGCGGCGGUGGCAUGGGGGGCGCGCACCAGCCGGGGUUACCCCACAGUGCAAGCAUAGACAAAGACUGGACCAUCACAUUUGAGCAGUUUCUCGCUUCCGUACUGACAGAACAGGCGCUCGUGCAAUACUUUGAGAAGCCAGUUGAGGUGGCGGCGCGCAUCACUAACGCUAAGAAUGUGCAAAAAGUCGGACGCACCAACUCGCUGUCCGCAAGUGACUACGAGAUAUCGCUGUCGGGGUAA